GCAUUUGUGCGAGAGUGUGAUACGACGUGAAAUUUGCAGUAGGAUCGCCAAGCGAAGGCCUGAGUCAAUGCCGAAUUGCGAGUGAAUAGCAACAAACUUGUCUUAUCAUUAUCAAUGUUUCUCGCCACGUCCAGCGCUGGCUCAUCGUCCGGACGGGUGAUCAGUUGUGUGUGAGCAGCCAGAGAGGAUAGAAGAACAAGUGUGAGAGAGAAAGUGAUCUGUGGUGAAGAUGUAUCUGCACUUGAGGAGCCUCAAUCCAUUCGCUAUGAGCAUCUCGUGUCGCUUCAAGCAUACGGGCAAAGUCCUGGCCAUCCGGCGCGAGGAUCAGUCUGUGUGGGAGCGUCGGGCGCCCUUCAAUCCCAGCCACGUGAAGCGCCUGACCAAGAAGGGCGUGAAAGUCAUCGUGCAGCCGUCCAAUCGACGCGCCUAUCCGAUGCAGUCGUACUUGAAUGCCGGCGCUGUGGUGCAGGAGGACAUCAGUGAGGCGUCCGUGAUUUUUGGCGUGAAGCAAGUGCCCGCCGACCAACUAAUCCCAUCCAAGACGUACUGCAUCUUCUCGCAUACAAUUAAGGCACAGGAGACGAACAUGCCGCUGCUCGACGCCAUCCUGGAGAAGAACAUCCGCUUGCUGGACUACGAGAAGAUCAUGGACGCGAAUGGGCAGAGACUCGUCGCUUUCGGCAAGUACGCCGGCGUGGCCGGAAUGGUGAACAUCCUGCACGGCCUGGGGCUGCGUCUGCUGGCGCUGGGCCACCACACGCCCUUCAUGCACGUGGGUCCGGCGCACAACUACCGCAAUUCCUCCAUGGCGCGCCAGGCGAUCCGCGACUGCGGCUACGAGAUCUCGCUGGGCAUGAUGCCCAACUCCAUCGGGCCGCUGACGUUCGUCUUCUCCGGAUCGGGCAACGUGUCGCAGGGCGCACAGGAAGUGUUCGCCGAGCUGCCCAUCGAGUACGUGCCGCCGGAGAUGCUGCAGAAAGUGUCUGAGCACGGAAAUCAGAACAAGUUGUACGGCUGCGAGGUGAGUCGGUCGGAUCAUCUGGAGCGACGCGAGGGUGGCGGAUUCGAUCCGCAAGAGUACGAUCAGUAUCCAGAGCGAUACAUCUCGACGUUCAGCCAGAAGAUCGCGCCGUUCGCCUCGGUGAUCGUCAAUGGGAUCUACUGGGCUGUCGGCAGUCCGAAAUUGCUCACCAUUCCGGACGCGAAGAAUCUCCUGCGGCCCGCCAACACGCCCUGGCUGCCCACGAGCCGCGGCGCGCCGGCGCUGCCGCACAGGAUGCUGGCCAUCUGCGACAUCUCGGCGGAUCCGGGCGGCUCCAUUGAGUUCAUGAACGAGUGCACGACCAUCGACACGCCCUUCUGCCUGUACGACGCGGACAGGAACAAGGACACGAAGAGCUUCAAGGGUCCCGGAGUGCUGGUGUGCUCCAUCGACAACAUGCCCACGCAGCUGCCUAGGGAGUCCACGGACUUCUUCGGCGAUCUACUCUAUCCCUUCGCCAUGGACAUCCUGCAGAGUGACGCCACGAAGCCGCUGGAGGCGCACAGCUUCUCAGGGCCAGUGUAUGGCGCUCUGAUCACCAGCAAUGGGAAAUUGACGCCCGACUAUGAGUACAUCAGCGAGCUGAGGGAGAGCAGCCGAUCGCGCCACAAGAGCGAAUGCUCGAUGGAGGGCAAGAAGAGCGUCGUUGUUCUGGGCGCCGGCUUCGUCUCGGCGCCUCUGGUUGAGUAUCUCCAUCGCGAUGACAAGAUCAACAUCAAGGUCUGCUCGCAUCUGAAGGAGGAGAGCGAUCGCCUGGCUGAUCGCUAUCCCGGCGUGGACAGCGUGUAUCUGGACGUGCACGAGAACAAGGAUCACCUGGCGGAACUCUGCGCGGAGAGCGAUCUCGUGGUCUCCCUGCUGCCCUACUCUCUGCACGGCCUCGUGGCCAAGCACUGCGUGCACGGGAACACGCAUCUCGUCACGGCGAGUUACGUGAACGACGAAGUCCUGGCACUCAAUGAUGAGGCGAAAGCCGCUGGAGUGACGCUGAUGAACGAAGUCGGAUUGGAUCCGGGCAUCGAUCACUUCCUCGCGCUGGAUUGCUUCCACAAUGUCCAGCAACAGGGCGGCACCAUUGAGUCAUUCGUCAGCUACUGUGGUGGUCUUCCGGCUCCUGAGAACUCCGACAAUCCGCUGCGCUACAAGUUCUCCUGGUCGCCCAGAGGAGCGCUCCUGAACACGCUCUCGGCCGCGAAGUACCUCAGCAAGGGACAAGUGGUGGAGAUCUCUGGAGGUGGAGAUCUCAUGUCCACACCGCGUGAUCUGACCUUCCUGCCGGGCUUCGCCCUCGAGGGCUUCCCCAACAGGGACUCCACGAAGUACUCCCAUCUGUAUGGCCUAGGCAAUCAGGUGCACACGUGCCUGCGCGGCACAAUUCGCUACAAGGGCUUUUCGGAGUGCAUCAAGGAGAUGCAACUGCUGGGACUCAUCGACACCGAACCGCACGCGAUGCUGCAUCCCAACGGGCCGGAGAUCACGUGGAGAGAGCUGAUUGUGAAUCUGCUGGGACUGGCGGACACGAGCAUCUUCUACGAGAACCUGAAGCAGAAGUUGGCCGAGAGGAUCGGCAACAGCGCUGGAAUCGAGCAACUCGGGCUGCUGGAGGAUAUUCCGGUGAGGAAAAUGGUCACACCGCUGGACACUCUCAGUCACUACCUGUCGCACAAGCUGGCGUUCAGUGAGCACGAGCGGGAUCUCGUGAUUCUGCGUCACGAAGUCGGGAUUCGCUGGAGUGACGGCAGACGCGAAGAGCGCGGCAUCAACUUCGUGGUUUAUGGCCAGCCGGCGGUCAGCGGCGGUCACUCUGCCAUGGCUCUGACCGUCGGCUUCCCGGCCGCCAUCGCCGCCAAGAUGAUCCUGGACGGAGAGAUCCAGCACAGAGGCGUCGUGCUGCCCUUCACGCCAGACAUCUACCGCACCAUCCUCACCAGGCUGGAGGCUGAGGGUCUCUCGGCCCAGGAGACCAGCACGUUCCUCUGAUUCUCCAGUAUGUCUGCCAACGAAUACCUGUCGAUGGAAUCUAAUUACCUGACUAAAAGUAAUGUAGAUAAGAGUCCGAGUGAAUUCCACGCUCUACUUAAGAUAAUUGCGCGAUAUUACAAGAGAUUUUGUAAUGAACAAGGGGGAGAUAGUGCAGCUAAAAUAAAUAUUAAAUAAUUUCUGUAAA